AUGGCGGCCGACGAUCGGAACCAUGCUUCUGAGAAGAUCGAGCACAAUGCUCCCACCAAGAUUUCAUACUUCCGUCUUGUCUUUGACCAAGGCGUCGUGACACAGGAAAUUAUCGAUUACCCUUAUCCCGGCUCCGGUACAGAAGACGACCCCUAUGCAGUGACAUGGCUCCCCGAUGACCCGCGCAACCCUAUGAACUUCAGCGAGUUCAAGAAAUGGUCCUAUACGAUGCUUGUCGCUAUGGCGACACUUGCGGUGGCGCUGGUUUCUUCAGCCUAUACUGGAGGUGUUGAAGAAAUUAUGGCGCAAUUCAGCAUCGGAGAGGAACUCGCCACGCUCGGUAUCUCGCUUUUCGUCUUAGGUUUUGCUAUCGGACCGCUGCUCUGGGCUCCUUUGAGUGAGCUGUUCGGCCGCCAGAUCCUUUUCGUCACUACCUACGCCGCCCUCACUGCUUUCAAUGCUGGUACCGCCGGUGCCCAGAAUUCCUGGACCCUGAUUAUUCUUCGUUUCUUUGCUGGUUCCUUUGGAUCCUCGCCUCUCACCAAUGCCGGAGGUCGAGGUAUGGCGAUGAGUGUCUUCGCUGCAGCACCUUUCCUCGGUCCUGUCCUCGGUCCCCUCAUUGGUGGCUUCCUCGGUAUGAACGCGGGCUGGAGAUGGGUCAUGGGUUUCCUGGCCGCUUUCUCGGGUGCUGUCUGGAUUAUCGGGUCCUUGCUUAUCCCGGAGACCUAUGCACCUGUGCUUCUGCGCAAGCGCGCCGAGAAGCUCUCUAAGCUCUCGGGCAAGGUCUACCGCAGCAAAAUCGAGAUUGACCAAGGCAAGGUCACCUUGAAGGAGUCUUUCAAGAUUGCGUUGUCUCGCCCGUGGAUUCUCCUGUUGCGCGAGCCUAUUGUCUUCCUGUUGUCUUUGUAUAUGGCUAUUGUCUACGGCACCCUCUACAUGAUGUUUGCCGCUUUCCCGAUCGUCUACCAGCAAGGACGUGGCUGGAACCAGGGUGUCGGGGGUCUGGCGUUCCUGGGUAUCAUGGUGGGCAUGUUGGCUGCCGUUAUUUACAGCAUUUGGGACAACAAGCGAUAUAUCAAGACCCAGGAAAAGCAUGGCGGAUUCGCCCCGCCGGAGGCCCGUCUCCCGCCUACUAUGAUUGCUUCUAUCUGCAUUCCUGUCGGCCUGUUCUGGUUUGCGUGGACCAACUACCCCUCCAUCCACUGGAUCGUCAGCAUCAUUGCUGGUGCGCCAUUCGGAUUCGGAAUGGUGCUUGUCUUCCUCGGUAUCAUGAACUACCUUAUCGAUGCCUACACCAUCUUCGCUGCCUCCGUACUGGCCGCCAACUCGGUUCUGCGUUCCCUCUUCGGUGCCGCUUUCCCACUGUUCACUACCUACAUGUUUGAGAACCUUGGCAUCCACUGGGCGUCCUCGAUCCCUGCCUUCCUCGCUCUGGCCUGCGUGCCCUUCCCUUUCCUGUUUUACAAGUACGGUGGCGCGAUCCGACAGCGCUGCAAGUUCGCGGCCCAGUCAGAUGCAUUCAUGCGCAAGAUCCAGGAACAGGUCAUCUCCAUUCCUGAAGAGGAGGAAGAGGAAGUCAAAUUCGAUCGCACCGAGGCCCCUGUGCCGGAGGGAUCGGUGUCCAGCGAGUCAGAUUCCCAUGUUGACGCUCUGCCGACUGAACGCACCCGCAGCCGUGCUUAUUCGACUGCUUCUGCUCGCACUGGCACAAGCACAUUGCAUCGGGUCCCCACCUACGAAGGCAACCCGUACGAUGUUGACAGAGUCAACACUCGCGAGUCCUUCAAAUAA